AUGCCUCCUGCGGACGAUAAACGAAAAGCCGCACGUGAGACGAUCGACAUUCUGAACGAGAUAUCGACUCUGCUGAACACACAACUGGAUCGCCACACCCUCUCCUACUGUGUGUCACUGAUUGAGAAUGGCGUCAAUCCUGAAGCCCUAGCGACCGUCGUUAUGGAAUUGAGGGCACAGAAUGAAGCCCAGAAGCAAUGA